UUGUUCAGUCACUUCAUCUGCUCUUCCCAAUCUUCCUUUUGUCUUCUUCUUCUUCACCUUAUCAUCAAAAUCUGUGUGACUCGGAGUGCCGGAGCACGCACAACUUGCUCUGCGCCCCGCGUUGUCCCUGAGAUCUUAUCGCUCACUCGAGCCCAUCUUUCUUCGUCGGAAGCCUCUUCUUUCGUUUUCUCAUUCGGCCACUUCAUUUAUAUACAAUGGAUGUAAACCAAUCGAUUCUGCAUAAUACAAUAGCUAGCUCAAUACGAAAACAAGUUAUGACCGCACCAAUCGAGUUUAGAUGUGGCGAUUGUGUUGGACCGUAUUCUGUGAGCGGCAAUGGACAACUGUUGAGGAUUACUCUCUCCAACUUCACCGGUGAAUCGAUGGGUUUCGAGAUGGAAUCGAAUCCAGUGACGCGGAGAAUUCAAGCAGCCCAAGGUCCACUUCUAGCUAAUUGUGUCAUUAUGCAGACAGGUCCCGUGUUCACAAUUCUUUUCACAAAAAAUCUGACGACCGUGGAGCCACUUCGAGCCAUUCUUGUCGCUGAUAUGAACUAUCGUCUGGAGCAAGAAAAGUUGGAGAAAAAACACGAAUGUCCACACUGUCACGUGGCAAAAUUCAACUCCCUUCACAAUUUGAAAGUUCAUGAAGAUUUGUACUGUAGUAAGAAGAAACUCGGAAAUGUAGUUGAAAAUGCGGAUUCUCGAAAACAACAAAAUGUUAUUUUGUUGCCAAUGGCGUUUCAUGACCUCUUUCAGCAGAAUCCCUUUCAGGUAGUGGGUCCUGUUACUAUUGGACGAAAUUCGGCAUUAAUCAACUCAAAUCCUUUGCUCAUUCAUAACAAGAGAAAAUUGGAAAUGCCAAACUUUUCAACUUCGAAACUCUCCGUGCAGAUUCCUAUUAUCAAUUUGGAUGAGAAGAAUGUAAGAACUUCAACUCCUCUGGAUUUAUCCUCAUCACCCCAUGCACCAAGUGUUCCAUCACUCUCAGCCAGUUGUUCUCCAACUUCAAAAAGCUCGAGCAGUGAGCCAAUCUACCCGGAAAGACCAUUCUCGUGCACUUGUGGAGUCUCGUUUUCGUCUCAGACCACGUAUGACGCGCAUAAGCAACUGUACUGUAGCCACACAACUCGUGUAUCAUCUCCAGGUGGUGGACCACACAGAAAUGAUUCUUUGAGAAAGGUACCGGAGAAGUGUACAAAAUGCGAUUUUGUGCCGACAUCGUCCUCGCAGCUAUCUAUGCACAUUCGAUCAUCGCAUCAGACAACGAAGACAUUCACAUGUUUGGUGUGCGGCUACCGAGCAUUCAGUAUGCGAGGGAUUCGUACGCAUAUGAGAUCUCAUUCUGACGAUGAAGCUUUGAAAUUCAAAGCCAAUGAGCCCGAUGAAACAUGAAUGGAUAAAAAUAUAUUUUAAGAAAUUAGACAAUUUAUUUUCAGCUCAAUAAACGGGUUUUAAUAAU